GGCGGAGAGGACAGCCGGAAGCGGUGGUUCGGUCGCAGCAGUGCUCUGGUGACUCUGAGAGGAGAGGAGUGUUGUUGUUGUUCAGAGUUCUAACCGUUAGUCGGUUAAUCGGUUAAUCGGUGAUGGCCGGUACCGCGCUGAAGAGACUGAUGGCGGAGUAUAAACAGCUGACUCUGAACCCACCUGAGGGGAUCGUUGCAGGUCCAGCCAAUGAGGAGAACUUCUUUGAGUGGGAGGCUCUCAUCAUGGGUCCUCAGGACACGUGUUUUGAAGGCGGCGUGUUCCCUGCCGUCCUCAGCUUCCCGUCUGAUUAUCCUCUCAGUCCUCCCAAGAUGAGGUUCACCUGCGACAUGUUCCACCCCAACAUCUAUCCAGAUGGGAGGGUGUGUAUCUCCAUCCUUCAUGCUCCAGGUGAUGAUCCGAUGGGAUAUGAGAGCAGCGCUGAGAGAUGGAGUCCAGUUCAGAGUGUUGAGAAGAUCCUGCUGUCUGUAGUCAGCAUGUUAGCAGAGCCUAAUGAUGAGAGUGGAGCUAACGUGGACGCCUCUAAAAUGUGGCGUGAGGACAGAGAGCAGUUCUACAAACUGGCCCAGAAGAUCGUACGGAAGUCUCUGGGUCUGUAGAGACGCCGGUGGUGGUGGCGGCGGUGGCGCCCGGCGCUCUCUGUGUGUGUGUGGCCAUCUUUAAACCUGCAGCAUCGAUGAACGCCUAAAUGAAGAUGUGAGCGUCUUCCCGUCACCAUGGAAACCAAUAACCCCCACACACACACACACACACACACACACACACACACACACACACACAGAGCGCUGCUGAGACGGACUGAUCAAUAAACGGAUGGGCGGAUCAAUACACAAUCUAUA